AUGGCUAAGUUCCACUGUGACGUUUGUUCGUCUGAUUGCACACGAAGAGUCAGAAUUCGCUGUGCUAUUUGUCAGGAGUAUGACUUGUGUGUCCCCUGUUUUCUACGUGGAGAAUCUUCUGGGAAGCACAAGCCAUGGCACGAUUACAAGAUCAUAGAACAACAUGCCUACCCGAUUUUCUCCGAGGAUUGGGGUGCUGACGAAGAGCUUUUACUUAUAGAGGGAGCCCAGACUUUUGGAUUGGGCAAUUGGCUGGACAUUUCAGAUCAUAUUGGUGAUAGGAGCAAGGAGGAAGUGGGCAAGCAUUACAGAGAUGUUUACCUCAAGAGCCCAGAUUACCCUAUACCAGAUCUGGGCUUGGACUUCAGCUACGUUACUACGGACGAGUUUUUGAACAAAAGACGUCAGAGGAUUGAAAGCAAGAAGAACUUGCCGUUGCCUCCUCCGAAGAAGCCACUGUCGUCGGUUCCUCUAUGUUCCGAUAUCCAAAAGUACAUGCCUGGUAGACUUGAGUUCGAGGAAGAGGCCGACGACGAAGCAGAGAAGAAUGUGGCGGAUAUGGUGUUUGACCCAGAUGAUCCUCCCCAGGACAACGAGUUGAAACUCACAAUUCUCGAUAUUUACAACUCCAAGCUAACAAUGAGAGCUGAGCGCAAGAGACUCAUGCUACAGGACGGCCUUCUGGAGUACAGAAAGAACAUAGCCAACGACAAGAAGAAGUCGAAGGAAGAGAAAGAGCUUUACACCAAAAUCAAGGCAUUUGCGCGUGUAAUGACUACCAAAGAUUUUGAAGAGUUCAGUGAAGACAUGUUGGCUGAAUUGAGGUGCAGGGCCAAGAUCCAGCAGCUUCAGGAAUGGCGCGCAAACGGAAUCACCAACAUGGAGCAGGGCUCCAAAUACGAAAAGGACAAAAUCGCAAGACAGGCACUGUUGCAAAAGAUUGGGUUUGGAAGUUCGGGUGCUUCUCGUCACACUGCCAACUCGAUGGCUUCUGCUGGAAUGAGAGGUCGGAUCAUGUCCCACACUGGAUCUCCAGCCCCAAGCCUGAAUGGCGAAAUCGCCAAGAGAACCACCAAGAACAUUGUGCCUUUGGAUAUUUCACAUGCUGCCGAUUAUGAACUUUUGUCAAACGACGAAAGAAUCCUGUGUUCUACACUGAGAAUUUACCCUAAGCCGUAUCUCGUCAUCAAGGAGCUGCUGUUCAGAGAGCUGUUGAGGACAGGCGGGGUGUUGAAGAAAAGGACUGCAAGAGAACUGCUGAAGAUCGAUGUGAACAAAACAUCCAAGAUAUAUGAGUUUUUCGUCCAACAAAAAUGGUGUAAUGCCACUUCAUAA